UGUUCUCUGUUCACUCUCAGCUUCAGAUCGCACGGAAUGUUGAACUGCGCUGGUUGUUGGAUCAGCUGUGUCAUACGGAAGGUGUCAAUGAAAUUGAUUUGCGUGUUCUUGGGGUGUCAGCUGGUCAGCUGUGUCAGCGCCCAGACCGUUGGCUGUAACAACACUGUACAUGCCAACGGUACAAUGACCUAUCAACUCCCAAAGCCCAUGCCAGGAUCGCCCUCAACCUGUGUAAGGCAGUGGUUGGAUGGAAAUGGCAUUGUUCUCACCAAUGAUGAUGACAUAGACAAAGAUCGUAUUCUGGUUCAGACCAGUCAAUCUAUUACCAUCAUAGGCUGCAUGGACAGGCUGAAGUACUUAGAGGAAUGCACACUUAAUAAAACGAAUUCAAAUCGCAAAGUAGAGUGCCUUAGGAACUGUAUUGUGAAGCCAUUUGACCAGGAAUCCAUUGAACCAGAGCACAAAAUAUGUUUUGGUGUUAGGUGUGUAUCAGGGAUAACAUUUGGGCUUACCUUUGGAGUAUCAGCUGCUGUCGUCAUCAUCAUCCUGGUUCUCCUUAUUCGCUACAAGAUCCACUUAUACCGAGUGUGCAUGUUUGUUGGACAUCGGGUGAAUGGGACCACUAGAGAACCCUCUCCUGACACAGAGAAGCCACUAGAGAACCCUCUCCUGACACAGAGAAGCCCCAGGGCCACCCUGCUCCCACUGUCAACUACUCCGCUGUGAACCAGUAGGCAACAGUGAUCAUGUGAGAAGGAACCAGGGGGUGAAGGGAAAGCGGGGGAGAGAGAACAAUAUGUGGGAGAGGUUCAUUUGCUUUGGGUUCACUUCCUGGCCAGAGUCGUCAUUGCAAAUUAGAAAAGGUUCUCAGCCGGCGAACCUGAUCACUUCAAGGCAUAGUUUGGGAUGUUGUCAAUGAAGCCCUUUAUCUACUUCCCCAGAGUCAGAUGAACUUGUGGAUACCAUUUUUAUGUUUAUGUCCAGUAUGAAGGAAGUUAGAUUUGGCUUGCCAAACGACCUCUAACUAGUGUUAUCACAAUGACUGGAAGUCUAUGGGAACAGCACCAAAGAGACCACCUCUCCAGCCACUUUAAUAAUUGGAAUUGAUGGAAAUUUAUGUAAAAAUGUAUCA